CAAUCAUUGUGAUGGUGUAAUCAACUGGUCUGAUAACUUUCUGAAGUACAAAAGCCACAAGUCCCCGUGACCCUGAGAGAAUAGAGCCAGGUUCCUCCUCUCAGGUUCCGCUGUGCGGUUCACAGGAAGCGGGCCUGUGAUGAACGAAAAGCUUUCUAAUAGUUUGCUUCCAGGCUUCCUUUCUGACUAAGAAUGAAUGUUCACCAGGGCAGUGAUGGCGACUGGUCAUUGCAGCCAGAGCUCAGCUGCCUAGGAGAUGAGGCCUUAGCUGCCACUCAAGAGAAAGAAGGCAGCAGCUUGGUGUCCUCUGGUCUGCAUAGUCUCACUUAUCCCCUAGCUGCCAGGAGUGAAGACCUUGCACUUGACUAUGCCUCUCAGCCAGCAAGCCUUCCACAUCCUCACAUAAUGCCACUUCCUGAAGACAGCAAGGGCUCAUGCUUCCAGAGUGGGAGCAAACGGAGCCACGAGCCCUUCAGUGUGCCAGAGAGAUUUGGAAACAGCGGCUUAGGUUUUGGAGGUAGCGCUCACUCUCAAGCCCCAGAGAAGGUGACACUUCUUGUGGAUGGCACUCGCUUUGUGGUAAAUCCUCAGAUUUUCACUGCUCAUCCGGAUACCAUGUUGGGAAGGAUGUUUGGGCCGGGAAGAGAAUACAACUUCACAAGGCCCAAUGAAAAGGGGGAGUAUGUGAUUGCGGAGGGGAUCAGCGCCACCGUGUUCCGCACAGUCCUGGAUUAUUACAAAACUGGCAUCAUCAACUGUCCAGAUGGCAUCUCUAUCCCAGACCUCAGAGACACGUGCGACUAUCUCUGCAUUAACUUUGACUUCAACACUAUCCGAUGUCAGGAUCUGAGUGCUCUACUGCACGAGCUCUCCAACGAUGGUGCCCACAAGCAGUUUGACCACUACCUCGAGGAACUGAUUCUGCCCAUCAUGGUGGGCUGUGCCAAGAAAGGCGAGCGAGAGUGUCACAUUGUGGUGCUGACAGACGAGGACUCUGUGGACUGGGAUGAAGACCACCCCCCGCCCAUGGGGGAAGAGUAUUCCCAAAUUCUUUACAGCUCCAAGCUCUACAGAUUCUUCAAAUAUAUCGAGAAUAGAGAUGUUGCUAAAACUGUGUUAAAGGAACGAGGCCUAAAGAACAUCCGAAUUGGAAUUGAAGGUUACCCUACCUGUAAAGAGAAGAUUAAGAGGAGACCUGGCGGGCGGUCUGAAGUCAUCUACAAUUAUGUGCAGCGCCCUUUUAUCCAGAUGUCAUGGGAAAAAGAGGAAGGAAAGAGUCGCCAUGUGGAUUUCCAGUGUGUUCGCAGCAAAUCCCUCACUAAUUUGGUGGCUGCUGGAGAGGAUGUCUUAGAAGACCAGGAGAUAAUAAUGCAUCACCCACCACAAGUAGAUGAACUUGACCGCCUAAAUGCUCCACUCUCUCAGAUGGCUCCGAAUGACUUCCAAGAUUAAGGACAAACGGCCUCUGCCCAGUUGUUGGAGCUCUUCUCUGUGUGGGUACCCCUAACCAGGCCUCCCCGCCCUCCUGUGGUUUCUCAGCGUUAGGAGAUGCCUCCUCCUGUCUCCUUCCCUUCUGAGUUGUUACUGUGCCCUUUUCCGGGUCUGCCUCUGGCUGGGUGAAGAAGCUCUCUGGUAAUUAGGUGACCAGCUUUACCAGCCCUGGCAAACGAGCUUUUGGGUCUGGUGCUCUUGGUUGAAUCUUUGUAUUCACCUCCUGGUGCAGGAGAGGAAGUGAACUGUUGCCUCACAUUUGGCACAGCAGCCCACUCUUACACCGGGUGAGUGGUUUCACAUCAGACAAAUUGCUUAUUAGCAAAAGGACCAAAACGUCAGAGGAGACAGUCUGUGCUGGGGUUGGGUGUGCCCACCUGAGGAGGCACAGGCCGGGGCAGGUGAAGGGAAUUCCCUGGAGCUCCAGCUCAGCUCUGCUUUUUACUAACAUAGGAGCAAACCAACCCCCGAGACGGGCAGCCUGAUGCUUCAUUUGGAAGUGAAACUUGCAAAUGAGGUGGCAGAAUGGCUCCAGAUUGGGCCAGCUGGACCCUCUGGUGGGAAGCCACAGCGCCUGUCCAUUAAACAGGCCAUUAGCUACUGGAGCAUGGUAAGAAAGUAAUACUGUGGUCAUCCCCAAUCAGGUCCAGGCCUUGUUAUUUUGUUUAUGUGUUCACGCUUACAUGUGUGGUGGAUGGCAGUCCAGAUCAUUCCCUAGCUCCUUCCGUUUGCAGAGUCAAGAGCCUGACAGCAGUGUCUGGAAUUAUUUGACUUCCCGGUAGAAGUUGACCUUUGAGUCCGUCCUCCACCCUGGGCGGUGUGUAAGCUGUUUGCUUCAAGCUCUUUAGAGAACACGUUGGGUUUCUUGAAGGCUGCUCCCAUAAGACUGUGUAUAGCAUAACUAGUUGACUGCAAUAAAAUCAGGUUUUGGAAGCCCUCUCUCCAGUAUUGAAGAACAAGUGUGUUCUUAAAACAGUGUUUUCUGUGCUUGUGGCAUCACAAUGGGAAUUGGUGCAAGAUCUUCCUUGCUUAGAAAAGAACCGAAGGCUCCAGCUUGCGUGGUGACUAUUGGUGUGUCUGUGAGGCAGCAUGCAGAGUAUGGGCUGAGGUUGUCUGUAUCAAGAGGUUGGUUAUCUCUGUGAAGUUGCUUGGCUUGUGCUUGAGGCCAGGUCUGGCUUUGAUUUGUUGGUGCUACAUGGUUGCCUACCUGCAGCUGCCCAGCCCAGGCCUGGGUCAGUGGUGCUUCCUGUUUCUCCAUGGCCACAGGAAUGAUUAUGUGUCUGUCAUGUGUGAUGCUCAGGUGUGAGCACAGGCCUUUCUUUGUCCUUCGGAGUUGGUUCACUGGCUCUGGCCUUUUAUGAACUAGGUCUUCACCCCAACACUCCAGCCCAUGGAGUUUGACUGGGAGGCAAUCUAAAGGCCACUUCAGUGACACUGGAUGGUGGCAACUAAAGGAAAGACUGCGUGCAGACAUAGGCUUCUUGUGGGGAGGGAAGCUUUUUUGUACCUCAGCCCCACCCUUACCUACAUUUCAGUGUCAUUGUAGUUUGGUGUCUUGCCUACUGUUCCCAGGGUUGGGACACUUUUUCCUUUUGUUUUGGUUUUUUGUUGUUUGUUUUUGGCGUGGGGGAGGAAUAAGAUGUGGUUACAAAACAAGGUUUUUCUGGGUAGCCCUGGCUGUCCUGGAACUCACUUUGUAGGCCAGGCUGUCUUCAAACUCAAGAGAUCCACCUGUCUCUGCCUCCAGUGCUAGGAUUAAAGGUGUUCCCUGCCGCUGCCUGGUCCCAAUUAUUCAGUCAUGGGGCCUUGCAGAAUCAAGGGCUGCAGUCAUCUUUGGAAUUGAUUACUGGCUAUGUGAGAGAGAGGAUUUUUCUCAUAAAAAGAUGGAUUUGGGGCUCAGUGUCUUUUGUAAGUGCCUGAAUUAGUAAGCUGGGCUGUGUGCAUAGAAAGUCUGAUGAGAAAGGUGACUUUACACCUCAGAGUGUCUAUCUUACAAGAUAAAGCUGACCCUGAGGCUUGACUCUUCUGUGUACCCUUGCUGCAGCUUGUGUAGUUGACGAGGAACACCUGCAGACACAGUAUCAGAAGGAAACAAAUGGGGGUGAAGGCAGAAUUGGAGGAAGAUGGGGACUGGGUACAACAGCCAACGCUAUUUUAACCAGCAUCUCAGGAGAUACUGUGUAAUGUCUCAUCGCAGGCCUGAGAGUGCUCUGCAGGAAAUCCGGGAAGGGACAUUUUCUCAGAGGAUGUGUGUUAGGGAAAAUAAAUGUUCAGAGCCCAGGCUUCAACUCAAGUUUCAGUGGUGGCCAUCAACAGCUUCUGAGGUGGGUGACACUGCUGCCUUCCCAGGAGGCACGGCCACUCUGUGUCUGAGGGAAUCAUUCUGGAGAAUUAGCUUUUCUCCUAAGGGAAGAUGUGUGUGGAUGUUGCCUCUUACACCAUAUUUACUUUUGAAGUUGCACUUGUUCACCUACCAGUGUUUACGGAAUCCUGUGUAUGGGAUGCUUUUUUCUAUAAUAAAGUUUUUUUUAUUUGUG